CCUGGUGGCCCCAGCUGGACUCGUUCCUACGUGUCAACAUCUGUCCUUGCAGUGGGGCCAAGUACAUUUAAUUCAUUGCAUAAGUAAUGUGACACUAUGUUAGCCUUCACCUACAAGGUACAAAGUUCCGCACAUGGCCUUAUUAGUUCAGAAAAAUAUUCACCAGCAUUACCUGAAUCAAGCUCUAUUUAAUAAGCUCAUAAACACCUGGAUACAUUUCCAUGUUGAUAUGUUUUAAUCAUAUCAGUGACUUUGCUUUAUUGCUUAGUUCAAACAAUACCUUUGGGCACUAGAUGAGAGGCAGAUCUUCCAUUUGUUCUGUAUCGGUUUCUCUGGGCACAUGGUUCAGUGCAAGCAGUUAUUGACCAUACUGUGGCCAAGAGAAAGACAAAGAUGGAAACUGCAAUCUGUGUUGUAUUUAGCAGGCAUUUUGGAGUGAUUAGAGGCAAUUUCGUGAAACGGCUACUACUAAUUAUUAUUAUUUCCCAAUUUUACAACAGCUAUUUGUUAAUUAAAUAACAUGACAAAACCCAGGAAUGUUUGGAAAAAUGUAUUGAGUAAUUUGUCAUUCAUUUAUCAGGGUAUUACUAACACUGAGAAGUGACAUAUCGCCUAAGAAAAUUUCCCACAUUGGUUUUGAUUCUUCCAGAGAAUAUGAAAUCGAUAACUGGCAAAAACUUCAAUGGAAAAUAUAAACCAAGGAAGUCUUUGUUCAGCCUUUGAGAGGCCAUCUCAUGAUCAGAGCAGGAGUAGGCAGCCUGCAGACUCAAGACAUACUUCCAACAUGACCACAGCAGGUGUUUUUGUGCUCCUCUCCUUUGUGCUUUGCUGUUUCCCAGACGCUGCCUUUGGGGUUGAGGUGGACUGCAGUACAUACCCCAACACUACAAAUGAGGAAGGCAAAGAGGUGUUGGUCUGUGCCAAGAUCCUCAGCCCCAUCUGCGGUACCGAUGGAGUCACCUACAGUAACGAGUGCCUGCUCUGUGCCUACAACAUAGAAAAUGGAACCAAUGUUGGCAAAGAUCAUGAUGGAAAAUGCAAGGAACCUGUCCCUCAGGUGGACUGCAGUCGGUAUCCCAACACAACAGAUGAAGAAGGUAAAGUGGUGUUGCUCUGCAACAAAGAUGUCAGCCCCAUCUGUGGUACUGAUGGGGUCACCUAUGACAACGAGUGCCUGCUGUGUGCCCAUAAUCUAGAGGCUGGAACCACUGUUGACAAGAAGAAUGACGGUGAAUGUAAGAAGGAAGACACUACAGUUGACUGCAGUGACUACCCUAAACCUGCCUGCGCACUUGUCUACUCGCCUGUCUGUGGAUCCGACAGCAAAACAUACAGCAACACGUGUAGCUUCUGCAAUGCAGUCAUGGACAGCAAUGGGACUCUCACUUUAAGCCAUUUUGGAAAAUGCUGAGUAUCAGUGCUGAGAGAAUUCACCACAGGAUCCCCGCUGGCAAAUCCCAACUAAAAAUCUCACCUCAGUUCAUCUUGCCCCCUGGGGACCUCAGCUCACUCCUGAUUUUCUUUCUCAAUAAACUAAAUCAGCAACA